GUUGUGCCUGUAGAAAGUUGUUUUCAAACUAUGCUUCAAAGAUGGUAGAUCAACUAAAUAACAUACUUGCUGGUAACUAAUUGUUAAAUCAGUCGGUUAAUUAAAAGAUUCUAGCUUCUAGCUGGCGUGCUAUAUUUCGCAACCUGCCUAAGCUUCUAGCUUUGCAGGUCAUGUAAUUUGCUGAAAUCUGAAUCGUGAAUCGUCCAAAUGGCUAUGGAUGAUGUGAGAGAACCUCUGAAGAGUAGAAAAUAUCGCCGUUGUAGAAGUGCUCCUCUUGCAGAGUAUGCACCCUUAGAGACAACCAACACUGGCUCAGUUCCAGUUACUGAAUCCAUUUUUCGAAAUUUACACCCGAGUUUUCAUAAAGUAGCCAUAUUCCUGGCUUUCUACUUAGGCAUAGGAACUAUCUGCUUCUACCUCGUCAGGAACCAGAUCAAGGGAGAGAAGACAAAUGGAGUUCUUGAUGCUGUUUAUUUCUGUAUUGUGACAAUGACCACUGUUGGAUAUGGAGACCUAGUGCCAAACAGCAUUCUUUCGAAACUACUGGCCUGUGCUUUUGUCUUCACAGGAAUGGCUCUUGUUGGGUUGAUCUUGAGCAAAGCAGCCGACUACUUGGUAGAGAAGCAGGAAAUGUUGCUUGUUAAAGCCUUACAUAUGCAUCAAAAAGUUGGUCAUAUUCAAGUUCUUAAAGAUGUUGAGACUAACAGUUUGAAGUACAAAUGCAUUGUGGCCUUUAUCCUUCUUUUGGUACUCAUAAGUGCUGGCACAAUCUUCCUAGCUACUGUUGAGAAAUUGGACCUUGUGGAUGCAUUUUAUUGCGUUUGUUCUACCAUCACAACCCUGGGGUAUGGAGAUAAGAGCUUUUCAACUCAAGCAGGGCGUGUUUUUGCAAUAUUCUGGAUAUUGACAAGUACCAUUUGUUUAGCUCAGUUUUUCCUCUACAUUGCUGAGCUAAACUCCCAGAGCAGGCAAAGGGCAUUGGUCAAGUGGGUUCUUACUCGUAGGACGACAAAUGUAGAUUUGGAGGCAGCUGAUCUUGAUGGUGAUGGGGUAGUUGGGGCUGCUGAAUUUAUCAUAUAUAAGCUCAAAGAGAUGGGGAAGAUUAGCCAAGAAGAUAUUGGACUCGUGAUGGAGGAAUUCGAAGAUCUUGACGUUGAUCAGUCAGGAACCUUGUCAAUAUCAGAUAUAAUGCUUGCUCAACCACCUUCAACAGAAAAGUAACUCUGGCAUCAUGCUGGUUUUCAUUCCGAGAAGUGUCUUGUAAGAUUGUAAUAUGUAAGAUUGCUUACCCUUUCUGUGAUAUAAAUUUUAUACAUGAGGCCAUAUCAGAAACACUCCAAUACAUCUCUUCCCUAUGAACACUUUGGUUAAAAAUGGUUAGACUGCCUCUAAGCAUUUUAGUGAUCAUUGUUCAUUUUGGUUUACUGGAUUGAUACAAUGUGUGAAACCAACUUGCAUAAUGACAAUUGCUGACAUUGAAAUUUCGCAUUUCAUGACCGCGAAAGUCUUUACUUGUCGGCGGCAUCUAGCGGACACAAAUUUUUUUUCUCCUUCAUCACAUUGCAAAAUAGGACUGCUUCUAGCCAACAAUAGAAAGAGAUUGAUCAAAAUGGGAAUCAACCUUUUUGUAUUAUGAUGAGAGAUUAGGAUGUUAAACUUUGGGUUAUCUGCUUCUGCAUUUAU